CAAAAUAUUGCUCUUUCUUGGUAUGAUAUGUUGUGCCCAGAUGCAGACCUCUACAUAUCUGUAUUUAUGCCUCUACGCAGCACAUCUCAUCUGUGCAUCAUUGCCGAAAACGCCUCCCACAAAAAAAGGCCAAAACUAACACAACUCCCGGCUGCCACUUGAAAUAGCAGAGCUCCUUCAACUCCUUCCCUCUCCUCGAAACUUCUCUUCUGAUUUCCGUGCUUCGUCUGGAUGCUUUCUAUUUCAUGAGACUACCUGGAAGAAGAGGAAAGAAAGAGAAGAAGAUUAAGUUCAGUUCAGCAGCACGUGCGAGCAGAGUGGGAUCGAGUUGAGGAGCUGCGGAGAGGGCAGCUAAAGCAAAACUCCGGGGUCAAUACUACAUACCCAUGUAAUCAAGAUUUCGCAGAUUUACCAACAAUCCUUGCAAUGAGAAUACACAUCCUAUUCUGCCUCCAUCUCACCAUACUCCUCUCCCUGUCCGUGAGCUCAACCUGCCAAACUGAUCCUCAAACAGAGGCACUUCUCCAGUUCAAGGCCAGCUUAACUGACCCUCUGAACCAUCUUCAGACAUGGACAAGCGACACCUCGGCGUGCCACUUCCUCGGCGUCCAGUGCGAGGGAAGCACGGUCACCGAGAUCUCUCUGUCGAGCAUGAACCUGUCCGGCAGGAUCUCGCCGUCCAUCUCCGCGCUCCGCGGCCUGGAGCGGCUCGUGCUCGACUCCAAUUCAUUGUCAGGAACUGUACCUCCUCAACUGAACAACUGCACCCAGCUUCGGCUCCUGAACCUGUCGUGGAACUACCUGACGGGAGAGCUGCCGAAUCUUUCGACGCUGACGGUUCUAGAGAGCCUCGACGUCGCCAACAAUGGUUUUUCGGGGCCGUUUCCGGCGUGGGUGGGUGACCUGAUCGGCAUGGUGUACCUCAGCAUCGGCAUGCACAAGUUCGAUCAGGGGGAGAUGCCUCCGAGCAUCGGAAACCUCAAGAACCUGACGUAUCUGUACUUGUCAGGGUGCAACUUGAGAGGGACGAUACCUGAUUCCAUCUUCGAUCUGACCCUGCUGGAGACGCUGGAUUUAUCCAUCAACAAUCUCGGCGGGGAGAUCCCGGGAAGCAUUGGCAACCUGAAGAAUGUAUGGAAGAUCGAGCUGUACAAGAACAGCCUCACAGGCGAGCUGCCGCCGGAGCUCGGCAAGCUCACGGGGCUGCGGGAGUUCGACGUCUCCCGUAAUCAGCUCAGCGGCGUAAUCCCAGCGCCGCUUGCCGAGCUCAAGAACUUGGAGGUGAUCCAGAUCUACAGCAACAACCUGUCCGGGCCUAUCCCGGCAGAAUGGGGCGAGCUCACGUCACUGACGAGCUUGUCCGUCUACGAGAACCGUUUCUCCGGCGAGUUCCCGGCGGACUUCGGCCGGUUCUCGUCGCUCCAGAGCCUGGACAUCUCCGAGAACGGCUUCACCGGUCCGUUCCCGAGGUACCUCUGCCACGGCAACAGCCUCCAGUUCCUUCUCGCCCUCCAGAACGGCUUCACCGGCGAGCUCCCGGAGGAGUACACGGCGUGCAAAACACUGCAAAGGUUCCGGAUCAACAAGAACCUGUUCACCGGCAGCAUACCGGAGGGGCUGUGGGGGCUCCCCGCCGUGACGAUCAUCGACGUAUCCGACAACGGGUUCACUGGGACCAUCUCGCCGCUGAUCGGCGAGGCGCAGAGUCUGAACCAGCUGUGGGUGCAGAACAACAGACUCAGAGGCACAAUUCCCGUGGAAACCGGCAGGCUCGGGCAGCUCCAGAAGCUCUACCUGUCCAACAACUCGUUCACCGGCACAAUUCCGUCGCAGAUUGGAAACUUGGCACAACUGACGGCGCUGCAUCUGGAAGACAAUGCGCUGGGUGGCGCGUUGCCCGCCGAGAUCGGCGCCUGCGCCAGGCUCGUCGAGAUCGACGUCUCCCGGAACCAACUCACCGGGCCAAUCCCCGUGGAGCUGUCGUUGCUGUCGUCUCUCAACUCGCUCCACAUGUCGCACAAUGCCAUCAGCGGUAUUAUUCCAACGCAGCUUCAGGCGCUGAAGCUGAGCUCGGUGGACUUCUCGGCGAACCGGCUUACAGGUAGCGUACCGCCCGGGCUGCUCGUGAUCGCCGGCGACGAGGCGUUCUCCGGGAACCCUGGUCUCUGCGUCGAUGGCCAUACCGACUCCGAGCUCGGCGCGUGCAAUGUGGAUGGCGGCCACAAGGGCGGCCUCAUCAGGAGAUCGCGUGUCCUGUUGCCGGUUCUCGCGAUGCUGCUGCUCGUGGUUGGCAUACUGUUCGUGAGCUACAGAAGCUUCAAGCUGGAGGAGCGGAGGAAAAGGGAUCUGGAGCGCGGCGACGGCGGGUGCGAGCAGUGGAAACUGGAGUCGUUCCACCCACCGGAGCUGGACGCGGACGAGAUAUGCGGCGUGGGGGAGGAGAACCUGGUCGGGUCGGGCGGCACGGGGCGCGUGUACCGGCUGCAGCUCAAGGACGGCGGCGGCACGGUGGCCGUGAAGCGGCUGUGGAAGGGAAACGCGGCGCGGGUGAUGGCCGCGGAGAUGUCCAUCCUCGGCACCGUCCGGCACCGGAACGUCCUCAAGCUCCACGCCUGCCUGUCGCGCGGCGACCUCAACUUCAUCGUCUACGAGUACAUGCCGCGAGGCAACCUGUACCAGGCGCUACACAGGGAGGUCAAGGGCGGCGCGCCCGAGCUGGACUGGCCGCGGCGGCGCAGGAUCGCGCUCGGCGCCGCCAAGGGGCUCAUGUACCUCCACCACGACUGCACGCCGGCGAUCAUCCACCGUGACAUCAAGUCCACCAACAUUCUGCUCGAUGAGGACUACGAGGCCAAGAUUGCCGACUUCGGCAUCGCGAGGGUCGCCGCUGAGAACUCCGACGAGUUCAGCUGCUUCGCCGGAACCCACGGCUACCUCGCUCCCGAGCUGGCAUACUCUCUCAAGGUGACUGAGAAGACAGACGUGUAUAGCUUUGGCGUCGUGCUGCUGGAGCUGGUCACCGGCCGGAGCCCGAUUGACGCGCGCUUCGGCGAGGGAAAGGACAUCGUGUACUGGCUGUCGAGCAAGCUCGCCACGGAGAGCCUGGACGGCGUGCUAGACCCGCGCGUCGCGGCGCCGUCGGACAAGGGGAAGGAGGACAUGUUAAGGGUGCUCAGGAUUGCAAUGCUCUGCACGGUCAAGCUGCCGACCGUGCGGCCAACGAUGAGAGACGUGGUGAAGAUGCUCACCGACGCAAUUUCCGGGCCCUGUAGCCCGCGCGGGCAGCCGCCGUCGCGGACCAGCAGCAAGAACCCCUGCUGAAUUUCAUAGAGCAGAUUCUGACUCUUGUGUAGCGGUCUCUCUGUGUUUUUGCAGCAAAAUUCUGAUAUGAACUUUGUGACGUACUAUUACUAGGGUUAUAUAUUUUAAGGUAUUUUGUAAAGUAUUGUACCACUCCUUGGUAGUUUGAUGGUUACCUAGGGA